GCUGUUUGUGUUUUAGCUUCCGAGGUCGAGGCUGACUCAACCGCGCGCCAGAUUUCGAAACGUUCUAUUUACAAAAAAAAACAAAAAACAAAUUAGCAAAAGUAAGAAUUCCGCGCGCUUGAAACAAAGUCAUGGACAGCUUCAUGGAAACAAUGGAGCAAGAUACGUCAGGUGUUCUGGGUCACCUGAUGGCUUUGGAGAGGGGAGGUAUGGGACGGCAGAAGCAGCAUGACUCUCAGAGGUCAGAGACGCUCAAAGCCAGGGCUGUGACCCUCCGCGCCAAAAGAGAUCAACUCAAACAUCACACAGAUGUGGUCAAGACCCUGAAAGAUAAAAUCGUUAAAGGUCUUCCACUGCGUGAUGAAGAUGCUGCCGCGGACGGCUUCGUUGAGCUGCAGAAGUCUUUGUUAACAGCUUGGAGAAUGCAGCUGAAAGACCUUCAGCGCGCUCAUCACUUAAUCGGUAAUUUUGCACCAGUGAAAUCGCACCGAGCGCAUUGCCAUUGCCGAUCCAUUGUGCCGUCUCUCUCAGGUGGCUAUGACUUGGUGGAGUGUAAGGACGGGAAAAGCGCGUGCGUGUCUUUCCACACCGCCUUCGAGGGCGUGCGUUUGGAGACGUACAGCGUGGAGCUGGACCUGACGCGCGCCGUGCAGAUCUCUCGCCACAACGUGCCCCCGUCGUUCCCGCUCGAGAGCUUGGCCAAACGGACCCUGCAGAAAGACCUGAAAGCCUUCCUGCAGACCCUCAGCCAGAACCUCAACGCUUUAGCUGCUCGCAGACGACAGGUCUGCCUCCUCAAGGAGCUGGUUGGUUCGGUGGAGGUGAUGGAGAGCAAUCAGUUGUGCAGUGUUCUUGUGCUCAUGUGCACAGCGCAAAGCGAGGCUCCCAAAGCUGUUCUGUGCACGCUGGAGUACGGCGAUCUCGCACAAUGUCUUCCGACGCGGGUCAGCAUUGAGUGCGAAGAUAAAGUGCUUUCGGGAUCUCCACAGUGGAAGAAAAACCAGUCUCUGCUCCUGGAGUCUCCAGCUCAUACGGCUCUCCUGACCAUGAGGAGGAUGGGAAGCAUUUCUUAACAAAUAACACAAAAUGGACACCUUUUUACGUAAAAAGUUUUCUCGGAUCAAACCCAACAGCUCUUCCUUGCGACCCGAGAGAUGCACGUUCAGAGGUAGAUUAACGCGUAGCUCGAAAGAGCCCGAUUCGAUAAUUCGCCGUUCCCUUAAUGGCACGUAAAUGUUCACGCGCACAUUGUCAAAUGCUCUACGGAGUUGAGAAAGCUCCUUAUUUUCUGCUGUAGCUUUUCUCUCUGCAGCUGUUUCAGCCUUUCUUUAUACCGUCUGUAAUACUCUUCCCGGUACAUCAGCUCUUUCUGAGAGAUGCUGUCGAUCAACGCCAGCUCUUUUAGCUGCAGAAUGGAAAGCUGGCCAUUUUCUGAAGCCCCGAAUUUCUCUCUGGCUGUCCCGGAUGGAGAUGAAUCGUCUUGCUGGACGGAGAGCGAUGCCGAUUUAGCGACCCUCCCUUCCUUAUCGUCCUCGCGCGCUCUCGCCGAGGACAGCGGUCUUAAAGCUGGAGCGGAUUUAGAAAAGCGCGUCCCGCUCGCGUCGUUCGUAAUCCUGACCUCUGAUAUGACCCUCAUCGUGUUGUUUAUGGUUGCGUGCGGCUCACAGACCCUUAAAUUCAGCAGCCGUUUGUGCUCUUUUAGCACUAGCUCUCGUUCCUGCUCCAGCAGCCUGAGGUUGAGUCUGCAUUUGGCGCUGAUGUUGUGUAGUUUCCACUGGAGGUGGACGUCCUCUUUGUGGUUCAGCAGUCUUACGUCUACGGGACGGCAGGACUUGGGUCUCUUAAUGCUUAGUUGCGUUGACAUGUUUCGAGAUGCCUCUUUGAAACAAUCGAAACGAACGGGUUUUGGGUGAGCACACAAAUGCGGAUUGUUUCAAGGUAAAUAAAUGUAUGUUAAAAAAACACGCUGUUCGACUUUUGGAUCCCAGUUAAUGUUAACAUAACGUAUUGAGCAUAAAUAAUAAAUGUACUGCACCUGAA